UUUUGCUAUGUUGGGAUGUUUGGUAAGGACCGAAAAUAUGAAGAUUUCAAUCUUUUGGAGCCUCUUUUGAAAAGUCAAUCCAAUCAAAGAAAUGACGACGAUGGACAGGGAUCAAAUGCCAAUGAAGAGAGAGUAACUCCUUAUGCAAAUGCUAAUCUUCUUAGUAUUUUCACUUUUUCUUGGAUGGGCCCUUUGCUUUCACUUGGGUAUAAAAAAACACUGGAUCUUGAAGAUGUUCCUCAGCUUGCAAAUUGUGAUAGUGCCAAUGUGGUAUUUUCUUGUUUUAGAAAUAAACUUGAAUCUGGUAGUGAUGGCAGUGCUAAUGUUGGUAAGAUAAACACACUCAAGCUUGUGAAGGCAUUGAUUCUCUCAACUUGGAAAGAAAUUCUAUUAACGGGUCUAUUCUCCAUUGUACACACAUUGGCUUCUUAUGUUGGACCAUACCUUAUUAGCACCUUUGUUCAAUAUCUCAAUAGCCCUCACCAACUAAAAUAUAAGGGCUAUUUGCUAGUGUUUACUUUUUUUCUUUCAAAGCUCAUAAGGUGCCUCUCAGAGAGGCACUUGUUCUUUCAAUUACGACAGAUGGGAAAUAAGGUCCGUGCUGCCUUGCUCGCAAUAAUCUAUAAGAAGGGUCUUAGUCUUUCAAGCCAAUCAAAGAGACACCACACUAGUGGAGAGGACAUUAAUUUGAUCACUGUUGAUGUAGAAAGAGCUGGCUUCUUCAGUUGGUACUUGCACGAUAUAUGGAGGGUUCCUCUUCAGGUUGUUCUAGCAUUAUUGAUCUUAUACAAAAGCCUUGGGCUCGCUUCACUAGCAGCUUUUGUUGCCACAAUUAUUUUGAUGUUAGCAAAUGUUCCACUAGGAAAACUACAGGAAAAUUUUCAAGGGAAAAUGAUGGGUUCAAAGGAUCGAAGGAUGAAGGUGACAUCUGAGACUUUGAGGAAUAUGAGGAUUCUCAAGCUCCAGGGCUGGGAGAUGAAGUUUUUGGCUAAGAUAAUUGAACUAAGAAACUUGGAAACAAGAUGGUUAAAAAAAUUACUUUAUACAUCAGUUAUGACUGGUUUUGUCUAUUGGUCUGCUCCCAUGUUUAUAUCUAUGGUUACUUUUGGGUUUUGUGUUCUUAUGGGAAUUACACUAGAGUCGGGGAAGAUUCUAUCUGCACUUGCAACAUUUGAGUUAUUGCAAGGACCUAUUUAUAAUCUCCCAGAUACAAUCUCCAUGGUAGUUCAGACUAAAGUUUCCAUCAAUAGGAUAGCUUCAUUCCUUAGUCUUGAUGAACUUCCUCCGAAUAUAAUACAAAAACCUACAAGAGAUUGUGUCAAGGUUGCAGUUGAGAUAGUCAAAGGGAAUUUCUCGUGGGACCUUGAUUCCCCUAAUCUCACAUUAAAAGAACUUAAUUUUCGAGUAUACCGUGGUAUGAGAGUGGCAGUUUGUGGUUCUGUUGGGUCAGGCAAGUCAAGUCUGCUUUCAUGCAUAUUGGGGGAAAUGCCGAAGGUAUCUGGAGAAAUUAAGUUGAAUGGGACGAAGGCCUAUGUUGCACAAUCACCUUGGAUACAGAGUGGAAAGAUAGUAGACAAUAUAUUGUUUGGUAAUGAGAUGGAUAAGGAAAGAUAUGAGAUGAUUCUAGAAGCAUGUUCAUUAAAGAAGGACCUAGAAUUAUUAGCCUUUGGGGAUCAGACUAUUAUAGGGGAUAGGGGGGUGAACCUGAGUGGUGGGCAAAAGCAAAGAAUUCAGAUUGCACGUGCUUUAUACCAUGAUGCUGAUAUUUAUUUGCUUGAUGAUCCUUUUAGUGCUGUGGAUGCUCACACAGGAACUCAUCUAUUUAAGGAGUGUUUGUUGGGAAUUUUGGGUUCAAAAACAGUAGUUUAUGUUACCCACCAAGUAGAGUUUUUACCUUCUGCUGAUCUUAUUCUGGUUAUGAGAGAUGGAAAGAUUACCCAAGCAGGAAAGUACGAAGAAAUUCUUAGUUUAGGCACGGACUUUAUGGAUUUAGUGGGUCAACAUAAGAAAGCUUUGGCAGAACUUAAUUUUGUCGAAUGUGGGGAUGCUUCAAAUAAUUUAAGUAAUGGCAAAGAAAAUGAUGGUAAUAUGUUGUAUAGCGAAAAGUCUAUUCAAGAUGAUGAAGAAAGGGAACCCAAAAACUACAAAAUAGAAAAACUAGUUGGACCAGAAGGGCAACUUGUCCAAGAAGAAAAGAGAGAAAAGGGUGAAGUUAGUCUUUCAUUCUAUUGGAAGUAUGUUACCACUGCAUAUAAAGGGGCUUUGGUACCAUUCAUAUUGCUGGCAGGAAUUCUUUUUCAGCUUCUGCAAAUAGUGAGUAGUUACUGGAUGGUGUUGGCUACUCCAAUUUCAGAGGAUGUGAGACCUAAUAUUAGAGGAUCCACUAUCAUCUUUGUUUAUGUUGCGUUGACCCUUGGAAGUUCUCUUUGUGUGCUUAUAAGGUCCACGCUGAUUGUAAUUGCUGGAUACAAGACAUCCACUAUACUCUUCAACAAAAUGCAUUUGGGCAUUUUCCGUGCCUCCUUGUUAUUUUUUGAUUCUACUCCGAGCGGAAGGAUUCUAAAUCGAGCAUCUGUAGAUCAAAGUGCAGUUGACACCUCUAUUCCACAUCAAAUUGAAGAAUUUCUUACUUCAACCAUAGGUUUAUUGGGAACCAUUGCAGUAAUGUCACACGUUUCAUGGCAAAUGUUAAUAGUUUUUAUCCCGAUGAUGGUGACAUGCAUCUGCUACCAGCAAUACUAUAUAUCUACAGCACGAGAACUAUCACGCUUAGUCGGAGUAUGCCAGGCUCCAAUUAUACAACAUUUCUCGGAAUCACAUUUAGGGUCAACCACAAUCAGGUGCUUCAAUCAAGAAGAUAGGUUUAUGGACACAAACCUCAAGUUGAUUGAUGGAUAUUUUCGACCCAUUUUUCAUCUCUAUGGUGCAAUGGAGUGGUUAUGCUUCCGCAUGGAUAUGUUGGCGUCCAUCACAUAUGUCAUCUCUUUAGUUUUCUUGAUCUCCGUGCUGAAUAGAGUACUCAGUCCUGGUGUUGUGGGUUUAGCAGUCACAUAUGGGCUUGAUUUCAGCAUGCAUGGAGUCAUAUGGGAUUUUAGCAGUCUUGAGAAUAAAAUCAUAUCUGUUGAGAGAAUACAACAAUACACCUAUAUCCCUAGUGAACCUCCUCUGUUAGUAGAAGAGGAUAGACCAGAUCGUGAAUGGCCAUCACAAGGGACAGUUGAUAUUGUUGAUCUACAGGUCCGAUAUGCCCCACACCUUCCUCUUGUCUUGCGAGGUCUCACAUGCACUUUCCUUGGAGGGAAGAAGAUUGGUAUCAUUGGGAGGACGGGAAGUGGUAAAUCAACGCUCGUACAAGCUCUCUUCCGCAUGCUUGAACCUACAACUGGUCAUAUUUGUAUAGAUGGCAUCAACAUCUCCAAGAUUGGUCUUCAUGACUUGCGCUCAAGAUUGAGCAUCAUUCCGCAAGAACCAACAAUGUUUGAGGGAACUCUAAGAAGCAAUCUUGACCCGCUUGAAGAGUACAAUGAUGAAAAGAUCUGGGAGGCUUUAGAUAGGUGCCAACUUGGUGACGAAGUAAGAAAGAAGGAUGGGAAGCUUGAUUUUGUAGUGACUGAAAAUGGAGAGAAUUGGAGCAUGGGCCAAAAGCAAUUAGCCUGUUUAGGACGGGUAUUGCUCAAAAGGAGCAAAGUGUUAGUUCUGGAUGAAGCUACUGCAUCAGUGGAUACUACAACUGAUUAUCUAAUUCAGCAAACACUUAGACAACACUUCUCAGGGUCUACUGUCCUCACAAUUGCACAUAGGAUAACAUCAAUUCUUGAUGUUGAUAUGGUCCUCCUUCUUGACAAUGGCCUCAUAGUGGAAUAUGGUUCCCCAACCAGCUUGCUAGAGAUCAAAUCCUCAUCAUUUGCAAAGCUUAUUAAGGAGUAUAGUGGAAGAUGUAGAACUUGA